CUCUCGGGCUGCCGUAGUCAUUGCGCUGGGAGAAUGGCCGGCUGGAUGUGGCUCCGGUGUUUGCUUGGUCCUCAUCUGCAGCGAAUUCACCGCUCCCCGGACCAGCCCCGACCUGAAGGCAGACCGGGAAGGAGGGGAUGGAACUACCAACCUAGUGGAUUAGAGAAACACACAGACAGCAUCCUCGGCUGGGCUUCUGCUCUGUGGUCUCUGUCAUACUACAGUUCUCCUCUUCUGCUUUGCUAUCUGUACCGCAAAGGUUACAUCUGCAGCAGUAAAUUGGUUCCCGUCAGUCAGUACGUAGGCACGGUGCUGGUGUGUCUGCUGGGAGUGGCCUGUAUCAGAGGCUGGGAAAGAUGGAGGAACUCGGAAUAUCUGCAGUUUAUUUCUAUUCUGGAGGACACCAAGAGCAGCCACACAGCAUCGAACAAGAAAAAACUGCGGUGUUACGACUUUGACUUCUCACACUGGCCCGCAGAUUUCAGUUGGGCGGAGGUUAACAAUCCAAAACUCUCCAAAGCCGGUGUGUCUCUGCUGAAGCCUGAGCCCAGACUGAGAGGAGCGGGGGACGGUCUGCUUCACUCCAUGCGCUCGCUGCCAUGUCACAUCGUCAGUUAUUUAAUCGCACACUCGUUCGGGAGGAGGAUGCUGUACCCUGGAUCUGUGGGUCUGCUUCAGAAAGCCAUGAGACCCAUGCUCCAGCAGGGCCAGGCCAGGUUAAUAGAAGAGUACGAUGGGCAGAGGAACAAGCUGAUUGCCUGUGAUGGUAAUGAAAUCGACACCAUGUUUGUGGACCGGAGGCGGGACGGAGCCGAGGAGAACGGGCAGACUCUGGUCAUCUGCUGUGAGGGAAACGCAGGGUUUUAUGAAGUUGGCUGCAUGAACACUCCACUCGAAAGUGGCUACUCAGUCCUGGGCUGGAAUCACCCCGGGUUUGGAGGAAGCACAGGAGUUCCUUUCCCUCAGAAUGAAGCUAAUGCCAUGGAUGUAGUGAUCCAGUUUGCGAUUCACAAACUGGGGUUCAAGGUGGAGGACAUGGUCAUAUAUGCGUGGUCCAUCGGAGGAUUCACAGCCACUUGGGCGGCGAUGUCCUACCCGGAGAUCCAGUCUGUGGUUCUGGACGCCUCGUUUGACGACCUGCUGCCCCUGGCUCUGAAGGUCAUGCCUGACAGCUGGAGGCCUCUAGUGCAGUACACCGUGAGGACGUACAUGAAUCUGAACAACGCGGAACAGCUUCUCAAAUACCAGGGACCAGUUUUAUUUAUUCGGAGAACUAGAGACGAGAUCAUCACAACAACGGGUCCAGAAGACAUCAUGUCCAACAGGGGCAACGAUCUGCUGCUCAAACUCCUGCAGUUCAGAUAUCCUAAAAUCAUGACAGACGAAACCAUCCGAGUCGUAAGGCAGUGGCUCGGAGCUUACAACUACUUAGAAGAAAUGUCCGUGUACAGCAGAUAUGAAGUGGAUGACGACUGGUGUGUGUCGGUGCUGCAGUCGUAUCAGACGGAGUGGGACGUCCCGUUCCCCUGGAGCGUCGGUGAGGACAUGACUCCAGACGGCAGACGGCAGCUCGCUCUUUUCUUGGCGCACAAGUAUCUACACAACUUUGAGACGACACACUGCACUCCUCUGCCCGCCUCCGAGUUCCACCAGGCGUGGAGACUGUGAACGAAGAAGAGGAGGAG